UAUACUAUUACAAUAUUGGCGAUUUAUUGUAAGAGAUGGGGAAAAUUUUACUACAAUUUACAUUCAUUGUAGUUUCUUGUUUGGGAUUGAUUGAAGGAUCUACGAAGAAAGGGCUAGCUGUGGAUCCGCGAACGUUUCUCUGUGACGAUUUCCAAGCAUUCACCAAUUUUGCAUGGUGGUAUGACUGGGGCGCUAAUUUGGACCUUAUUAAAGGGGAAAGUGGAUGUAACAAUAUAGAUGCCAAUGUCGACACACACGUCCCAAUGGUAUGGGGCUAUGGAAGCUAUUUUUCACAGUACUAUCUCAAUAAUGAAGCGGCCUUUCUCAUGGCAUUCAACGAACCAAAUCACAUGACCCAAUCAAAUAUCGAUCCAGUACUAGCAGCGAGUGUAUGGGGAGAGGUAGAAGCACUGGCAAACGGGAGGCCAAUAGUAAGUCCUUCUCCGGCAAGGUGCGAUGGUCCUAAUUGCUUAUGUAGCACGGAGGAAUGGUUUGAUGCGUUCUUCGCGAAUUGUGUCGACUGUCGUGUGGACUACCUAGCUACGCAUAUGUACAGCUGUAACCCUUAUGAAACUAUGGAAUUCCUGGAGAAUCUGUACAACAAAUACGGGCUUAAAAUAUGGUUAACGGAGUUUGCGUGCCCUAAUACUUGGAAUGACGCGGUGCAGUUUGCAUAUAUGGAGGCAGUUCUACCAAUGCUUGAAAGUGCAGCUUACAUUUACAAAUAUUCCUGGUUUGUGUCACGUGUUACUUUCGAGACGAGGACUGAUUUUAUUGACAUGUCGGCUAGUUUGCUCGAGCCAUACUCUUCCCAGCUAACAUGGCUUGGUGAAUAUUACAACUCCUUUGUAUGGCAGGAAUGAUAUCAAUAUUGACUUAUUGUGUUACCUUUUCGUUUGACAUCACGCAAAUCAGAUUAUAAAUUAAAAAAAAAAAA